CGCUGAUUGGCUGCUGUGCCGACCAUAUAAACGAUUCGUUAAACCAACCCCUUCCUUUCCCUUCUCAUACCGGCAAGGUCCAGUCUCCCUCGCCGUCCAUUCCUACCCAACACCCAGUCAACCUCGGUUCAGCAAUUCGGAAACAUGUCUAAGGGACCAGCAGUUGGCAUCGAUCUUGGGACCACCUACUCCUGUGUUGGUGUUUUCCAGCAUGGCAAAGUUGAAAUCAUUGCCAAUGACCAGGGCAACAGGACCACACCCAGCUACGUGGCCUUCACAGAUAGUGAGAGGCUGAUUGGAGAUGCAGCCAAGAAUCAGGUUGCCAUGAACCCUACCAACACAGUCUUUGAUGCCAAACGACUGAUUGGCCGUAGGUUUGACGACACAGUUGUGCAAUCAGACAUGAAGCACUGGCCAUUUAAUGUCAUCAAUGACAACACUCGCCCCAAAGUUCAAGUUGAGUAUAAGGGUGAAACAAAGUCCUUCUACCCAGAAGAGAUUUCCUCCAUGGUGCUGACAAAGAUGAAGGAGAUUGCUGAAGCCUACCUCGGAAAGACUGUCAACAACGCUGUAAUCACAGUACCUGCCUACUUCAAUGACUCCCAGCGCCAGGCCACAAAGGAUGCUGGUACCAUCUCUGGCCUCAAUGUUCUGCGUAUCAUCAAUGAACCAACUGCAGCUGCAAUUGCAUAUGGGUUGGACAAGAAGGUUGGGUCAGAGAGGAACGUUCUCAUUUUUGACCUUGGUGGCGGCACUUUCGACGUGUCCAUCUUGACCAUUGAGGAUGGCAUCUUUGAGGUCAAGUCCACUGCUGGAGAUACCCAUCUUGGUGGGGAGGACUUUGACAACCGCAUGGUCAACCACUUCAUUGCAGAGUUCAAACGCAAGUACAAGAAGGACAUCAGCGACAACAAGAGGGCUGUUCGUCGUCUGCGCACGGCUUGCGAGAGGGCAAAGCGCACCCUGUCUUCCAGCACCCAGGCCAGCAUCGAAAUCGACUCUCUGUAUGAGGGAGUUGACUUCUACACCUCUAUCACCAGGGCUCGCUUUGAGGAGCUCAACGCUGACCUGUUCCGUGGCACCCUAGACCCUGUGGAGAAGUCACUUCGUGAUGCCAAGAUGGAUAAAGGGCAGAUUCAUGACAUCGUGUUGGUUGGUGGCUCCACCCGUAUCCCUAAAAUCCAGAAACUUCUCCAGGAUUUCUUCAAUGGAAAGGAGCUGAACAAGAGCAUCAAUCCAGAUGAAGCUGUUGCCUACGGAGCUGCUGUCCAGGCUGCUAUCCUGUCUGGCGACAAGUCUGAGAAUGUGCAGGACCUGCUGCUUCUGGAUGUCACUCCUCUCUCCCUGGGUAUUGAGACUGCUGGAGGUGUCAUGACUGUUCUGAUCAAACGUAACACCACCAUUCCUACGAAGCAAACCCAGACCUUCACCACCUAUUCUGACAACCAGCCAGGAGUGCUCAUUCAGGUUUACGAGGGUGAGCGUGCUAUGACCAGGGACAACAAUCUGCUGGGCAAGUUUGAGCUGACGGGCAUCCCUCCUGCUCCACGUGGUGUUCCCCAGAUUGAAGUGACAUUCGACAUUGAUGCCAACGGCAUCAUGAAUGUCUCUGCUGUUGACAAGAGCACUGGCAAGGAAAAUAAGAUCACCAUCACCAAUGACAAGGGUCGCCUCAGCAAGGAGGACAUUGAACGCAUGGUUCAGGAAGCUGAGAAAUACAAGGCUGAGGAUGACGUGCAACGUGACAAAGUAUCUGCUAAGAAUGGCCUGGAGUCAUACGCUUUCAACAUGAAGUCCACAGUGGAGGAUGAGAAGCUUGCUGGCAAAAUCAGUGAUGAAGACAAGCAGAAGAUCUUGGACAAGUGCAAUGAAGUCAUCAGCUGGCUGGACAAAAAUCAGACUGCCGAGAAGGAUGAGUAUGAACAUCAACAGAAGGAGCUGGAGAAAGUUUGUAACCCCAUCAUCACCAAGCUGUACCAGAGUGCUGGUGGAAUGCCUGGUGGUAUGCCAGAGGGCAUGCCUGGUGGCUUUGCUGGCGCUGGUGGUGCUGCUCCUGGUGGUGGAUCCUCCGGCCCAACCAUUGAGGAGGUCGACUAAACAUUCCAUCCAACUGCUACCUCUGAGAUGUUUUUCAAGAAAGUAACCCUCUUAAAGCACAAAUUACAAGCUAAAGAGUGUAAUUUCAAGUAAAACAGGGUUCCAAGCUCACAUUUAUUGCAUUGUGUGCAACACAAGUGGGAACAACUUGUAGUUGGCAUUACUGAGUGGUCACUUCACAUGUAUGGUACAGUGUUUUGUAUACUGGGAUGCCACUACCUUGACAAUAAAUCUUGUAACCCCCUGCA